AUGUCCUAUACAACGCAUCCCACCCCCCUCACCUGCAUGGUCCGGUGCAACACCCACGCCCAGGCGGUCGACGGCUUCUGCGGGCUCUGCCACGAGCCCCCGGCGCCCGGUAGCCCGCUGAAGUGGCACUGCACCGGGUGCAGCGUGGACUUCCACACCGAGUGCUUCCGGCGGUGGAUGGACCGCGCCCUGCGGGUGAGUCUGGUGUCGACCUGCCCGAGCUGCCGGUCGUGGUGGGAGAUGAUCCUUACGGGGCCGGAGGCGAGGGUCGAGAGGAAUUUUCUGAGUUUUGAGGGUUGA